GUUUUAUUAGAUAAAUUAAUCCCUCGUGCAUUCAAAUGGUAUAAAAAGUGUGAGGAUCUAGACAAAACAGCAUCAGUUGAUCAUAUCCAACUACCAAUCGUCAGCAUGAAGUGCUCCUGUGCGCUGCUCCUUUUGGCCAUCCUGGGAUGCUGCCUGGUGAGCCUGUCGAGAGCUGCCUCAACCACAGCCACAACCGAAGCCUCCACCGCCACCACCACCACCACAGCCGCGUCCUCGGCCACCACCACAACCACAGCCGCGUCCACGACCACCACAACCACCGCAAGCACCACAACCACCACCACAGCUGCUUCCUCCGGCAAAAAGAAGCACGUGACCCACUACAAGCGCAAGACCCGCCGACCCAAGAAGGUCAGGAAGAUCCACCGCAAGAAGAAGCGCAGCGGUUAAACAGCUUUUUAUUCCCUCCAAUCCGACUCCAUUUGUUUUGAGCUCCAACUUCUUAAAUUCUUCUCCUGUUAUAGU